AUCGGUACAAAAACGAGGAUAAAUGUCUAACUGGUAACCCUACCCUUGUAUCUAUUUAAAGCGUCGUGUUGACUUUCGGUUGAUACUAGAACAGUGAUAACAUAUUUUUGGAUUUAUUUUUGUUUAUUCUACUGUUAAUGAUAAAACAUGGAAUGGGAAAGGAUAGAGGUUCGAGAUGAGAAUGGGGUUGGAUUUGACUUAAUACAACACGAAGAGCUGAUAUUGCCAGCCACACUUCAACAUAUGGAACACGAGAAACAACUCAAAAUGAUUCGCGAGUUUAAAUACAAGAAAGGUGAUAUUCUCUUAUGCAGUUAUCCAAAAACAGGUACACACUGGUUGUCGAAUUUGGUAUAUUUUCUGGUUACACCCGGAUCUGUAGAGUCCAUGAAGACUGUACAACCAACGCUGAUGGAUCUUGUUCCACUUGAGCCAUUAGAAAAAGUAGAACACAGUCGAGUCCUAAAUUCACAUCACAGAAUUAACCGACUACCCUUCGAUCAUUUAGAACAAGGAGGAAAAAUUAUCGUCUUAACCCGUGAUCCUAAGGACGCAAUGGUUUCAUAUAAGUAUCAUGUACAAAAUUUCGAGAUGCUGAACCGGUCAAACUUAUCAUGGAACAAUUUCUUUGAUAUCUGGGUCAAUGGAAAAUUGCCCUGUGGAUCUUUUUUCGAUUAUUACAACUCCUGGGAGAAGGCUUUGAAAGAAAACAAGGAACUGAACGUGCUCAUCGUUCACUUUGAGCAUUUAAAGACUAACGGAUUGAAAGAACUACGAAGAAUUCAAGACUUUCUUGAAGUAAACAACACAGAAGAGCGUCUAAAGGAAAUUUUGGACAAAUGCAAUGUGACGAAAAUGAAAGCAGACAUAGAUACAGGAGAAGUCGAGUCAUUAUUAAAAGACAGUGAUGGAAAAUCUUUCUUAUACAGAAAAGGUGAAUCUGGUGACUGGAAGAACCAUUUUACAGUUGCCCUAAAUGAACACUUCGAUAAUGUUUUAGAGGAACGGUUUAAAGACAGUAUCUUCAACGCUGAAUUUCUUGCAGGCUGAAAAUUGCGAUCUUUUGAAAAUUGAGAAUACACAUUUACUAUGACAGCAGUACAGAAAAAAAUGUUUUGUGCUGUAGCUCCGAUCUAUCGCAUUAUAUGUCCAGAUGAAAUGUGUAGUGAUGUUUAUCAGAUAAGUAUAUGAAGCCACAAGCUAUGUUUAUUGUUUGCAAUUUCUUUUGUCUAUAUCCGAAAUAAUGCAGUGUAUAAAGACAUGGCACCUCCGUCAGCUUUAUCAAUUAUGUGUUGUAUAUUGAUAUGAAUUCCGUUUGAAAACAGUAGAAAAGACAUAAAGUUUAAAAUGUAACGCAAAAAUUUAAAUACAAAUGUACAAUGCUUUCUGUGCCAGUCACUGGUAAGCCUAAGAACCAGCUCACUUAUCUCAGUUAACCAAAACAGACUUUUUCAAAUGAGAGGUUUUUAUUUGCGGAAGGGUUGAUGGUUUACCACUAUAUGAACAAUAUGUGUUCCGGUAAGAAUCACUGGAAGUUAAACAAACUCAAUAUCUUGCUAGACCUUCUCAAAAGUACUUUUCUUCUUUGACGUUAUACAGGAAGAGUAACUAUUGACCUUCGAAUAUUGCUUAUUCAGCGCAGCAUGUACAGAAUUAAAAGACAGUUUGGGAAAACCGGGUAGACGGAAGGUAAAAGGAUAGCGAAUAUUCAUUUAACAAAUUUAUAUGGUUGUUUGUAAUAUGAAUAUGGCUGAACUAUUUCAAAGACUUUAUUAUGUACCAUUAUGUUUGUUGUUGUAGUGAAUGUUUAUAAAUAUUGUUCAAAAGUUAAAGCCAUCGCAAUUAUAUAGCCAUUUAUAUAUCUCUCAUAAUCAAAAGUGAUGAGAAGUAACAUCAGAAACAAUGUUCUUUAAUCUGUCAUUUACAUUAUUAACAUUUUUUUCGUGUAAUGUUGUUUAGUUACGUAUGCUCUGGGUAUUUUUUCUAUUUAUUCAUUUCUUUUAAAGCUAAUAACAUUUCGUGUUGACAUUUUGGUUAAGGACUUGGUUUACAGUUGAAAAUAGAUUAAAAUAAUUUACGGUUGUAUGUUUUGGGUGAUUGUGACUAUGCUAACUAACAUUUUGCAGAAAAGAAUUAGUUACACACAGAAUUGUUAACAUUUUUAAAUCAAGUCCAGAUGAACUUGCCAUUUUUGUUGGUGUCUGUUGUCAUAAUUUCACCAAAACAGAAAACGCUGGAUUAAUAUCGAGUGUAAUUAUGCAAACUGACGAUACAUACACAGAAACAUUAUUAGUUACACUGCUUGUUGAUGACAGGAUACGGGAUAUACGCUGUCGAGGAAAUCCAUAUCUAUAGCUUAAAAUCUGACUUAAUUCAAUUACGCUAGCGAUGCGGCAGCCAUUUUGUUUUUAUCAAAAUUCAUAUCUGAAAUGUACUUGCAGGAUAAUGAAUAUAUCCUGUCUCCACGUGACGUCUACUGACCAAUCUUGUAGGAGGCAAGAUAAAAUAAUAUGCACAGCAGUUAUCUUAGAAUCUGGAAUUCUGACAAACGUCUAACACGUAUAUUGUAUUCUUAUACUGCUGGUAUACUAUAGCGUAUAGCAUAUGUUUGCUUUGAAUAUCAGAAAAAAAAGAUAUUUUAAGAUUUCCAGCAAAUACUGGUAGGUUAUGUUUAGUAUUUUACCAUACUUGUCAAAUAGCAUCAGGAUCAAGUCAAAAGUCAAAACAGGUGUAAAUCAUAGAAUAUCUAACCAGAUUCAUAUAUUCAUAUUUCUUAAACAAACUCAUUGGCAUUAGAGAUAAAAGGGACUGAACACCAAACAUGUGUAUCUAAAAGUCAGAAACAAGAAAAAACAUUCAUAGGGGAUUCAUAAAACAAAAAUGCAGAUGCAGAUACUGCGGGAUACUGUCAAUAUUUUCUGAGUAUUUACUCGAAAUUCGUAGACAGUUGUAGCCAUUACAUGUAUUUAUAAAUCUUUAUUUAACUGCUUUAUCAUUAAUUCAUGCAUGUGAAUAAAGAAAUGAAACUAA